AUGCAAAAGGAUGUAGCUAUGGGAAUGAAUUCCUCGGGUACAGAUGCAGUGAAUGGAAACGUGUCUGCUGAAAAGGCUGCUGACAGAGCCUUGAGUUCGCCUGAGUUGAAGAAUUUAUUGAGGAAGCCAAGAAAUCCUUACCGCGGCAUCUGGAAGCGACCAUGGGGCCGAUACGCGGCGGAGAUAAGAGAUCCGUGGAAGAUAGCCCGUGUCUGGUUAGGCACUUUUGAUUCUGCAAUUCAAGCGGCCUGGGCUUACGACGCAGCUGCAAUAUCCUUCCACGGCGCCAAAGCCAAGACCAUUUUCCCUAUCCCUCCUGAGGCUCUUGCGGCUCUGCUUCCUCCUCCUCCUCCACCUCCGGUUAACCGUAGGCCUAGACCACCCGUGCUUACGAAAGCAGACAACACGGUUUAUGUCAAUUAUCCUACUUCGAGUGGGAUGCCUAGACCACCCGUGCUUACGAAAGCAGACAACACGGUUUAUGUCAAUUAUCCUAUUUCGAGCGGGAUGAGUAGUACCGUGGAGUCGUUCAGUGGACCUAGGGUUGGUUCUUCUUCAACCUAUAGGGUUCAUGUGUUUGUUCCGAUUAAUCCACGUGUUUUCUCUUUACUUCUUGUGCACACAAAAAUCAUGGCAUUGAGAUAA